UUGAGCCUUUGCUAGGUGAGGAGCCCUGGGGCCGACUGACCGGAUCCACUAAUGAACAAGCAGAACUAUUCUCUGGUGAUAAACAAUAAGAAUUGCUGUGUGUUCCGAGAUGACUUCAUUGCCAAAGUCUUGCCGCCGGUGUUGGGGCUGGAGUUUGUGUUCGGGCUCCUGGGCAAUGGCCUUGCCCUGUGGAUUUUCUGUUUCCACCUCAAGUCCUGGAAAUCUAGCCGGAUUUUCCUGUUCAACUUGGCAGUGGCUGACUUUCUCCUGAUCAUCUGCUUGCCAUUCCUGACCGACAACUAUGUCAAAAAGUGGGACUGGAGGUUUGGAGACAUCCCCUGCCGCCUGAUGCUCUUCAUGCUGGCCAUGAACCGCCAAGGCAGCAUCAUCUUCCUUACAGUGGUGGCUGUGGACAGGUACUUCCGGGUGGUACAUCCCCACCACUCCCUGAAUAAGAUCUCCAACCGCACAGCAGCCAUCAUCUCUUGCCUCUUGUGGGGCAUCACCAUCAGCCUGACAGUCCAUCUCCUAUAUACAAAUAUGAUGACCCGCAAUGGAAAAGCCAAUCUGUGCAGCAGCUUCAGCAUCUGCCACACCUUCAGGUGGCACGACGCCAUGUUUCUCUUGGAGUUCUUCUUGCCCCUGGGCAUCAUCCUGUUCUGCUCAGCCAGAAUCAUCUGGAGCCUGCGGCAGAGGCAGAUGGACAGGCAUGCCAAGAUCAAGAGGGCCAUCAACUUCAUCAUGGUGGUGGCCGUUGUCUUCAUCAUCUGCUUCCUGCCCAGCGUGGCUGUGCGGAUCCGCAUCUUCUGGCUCAUGUACAAAUCGGGGACAGAAUACUGUGAAAUCUACCGCUCAGUUGACCUGGCCUUCUUCAUCACCCUCAGCUUCACCUACAUGAACAGCAUGCUGGACCCUGUAGUUUACUAUUUCUCCAGUCCAUCCUUCCCCAACUUCUUCUCCACAUAUAUCAACCACUGCUUGCGUAAGAAGACGUCAGAGGAAUUAGAUCAUAACCGGAGCACAAGCGUGGAACUCACAGGGGACCCCAGCACAGCCAGAAGUGUCCCAGAUGCAUUAAUGGCCGACCCCAGUGAGCCGGGCAGCCCCUCUUACCUGGCUUCAACUUCUCGUUAAGUAGCCAUGGCAGGAAGCGGCCACCUUCCUGAGAUCUCUGGAGAAACAAUUUGGCCACUGCACAGAGUAACAUCAUCAGACUUGGCCUAAGUUUUCUUGGAACUUCUAGAUAUUUGGAGAAACAGCAUGGUGGAGUGGGUGGCUUGGUUGCAAGGUGCGACUACAGAAAUCUCAGAGGAAUGGAGAGUAGGAGCUUCUAAAUGUCUGAAACUUCUCAGUCUCCAAAGCUUGCAGGGCUGAAGAUGGGCAAAGACCCACCCAUCUGUACCUGUGACUUGUUGGCUUCCUUCUUCAGCAUGCCCAGGAACUGGAUAGGCCUUCUGCUUCUGGGGAGCAACCUAGCCUAUCUGUGGGCUUCAGCGGAGAUAAGGACAGCCAUGCAAUUGGACAGAAGUUAUCCCAGAUGUCAUUAAACAGGCCACUAGGUCACCUGGGUUCUGUGGGAUCAAUUCACCUUUCAGUCAAGAUUUAGCAGAAAUGGACAUGGAGAGUAAAUACGGAAGCUUUGGUUUUCUGAGUGGCCUAUGCUGGUAAGACGGGGACUAAGCUCAGGAGAGACUGAGCUAACAGUGCUGUGGAGGGAAAGGAACACCUCUGCUGUUAAGAUCAGCAAGAAAUCCGUUCCUUCCAAAGGGCUGAGCAGUUACAAUGCUUGGGGAAGAGAGAUGCUUCCCACCUGUUUGCUUUUAUUAUUAAAAGAGAUUUGAAUUGUUGCUGCCCAAUGGUUAAAGGGAAAGAUUCCUCCUGUUUGAUUUGCUUGUGUUUCUGUACUUACAAUGUACCUACCAUUGCAAUAA